GAUAAGAGAUAUAGUUGAGAUAGAAGGUUUUGAAAACUCUGUUAGUGUAAGAAGUUUUUUUGAAGAUCUUGUUGAAGUGGAAGGCUUUGUUGAGACAAAAAGUUUUGUUGAGACAAAAGGUUUUGUUGUAGUUCAAGUUCUUAUUAAAAUAAAA